AUGUGCUUCAAAGGCUUUGCUGGAAUCCAUUACACUGGGGGUUGUUUUUGUCACCGGAGAGUCUUAGGGAAAAGGAAUUAUUUCACAAUGAUCUCCCAAAGUCACUAUGAGGAAAAGGACAACCCUUUACUGCAGUAUGUUCUCAAUCACUCCUUGAGGGAGCAACCGGUCCUGAAGAAACUCAGACUGAGGACAAUGGAAAACUCCAUGAGCUUCAUGAUGGUCCCCUGUGAGCAGUCCCAGUUCAUGGCUAAUCUGGCAAAACUAAUACAAGCCAAGAAAGCAUUAGAAAUUGGAGUAUUCACAGGUUACAACACACUGAGCAUGGCACUGGCUUUGCCAGACGAUGGAGUUUUGGUGGCAUGCGAUAUCAGUGAAGAAUACACCAGCAUUGGAAAACCCUUCUGGAAAGAGGCUGGGAUUGAGAACAAAAUUGAUCUACGUAUACAGCCAGCAUUGAAAACACUAGAUGACCUCCUUGCUGCUGACCAGGCAGGGACAUAUGACUUUGCCUUCAUUGAUGCAGAUAAAGUUAACUAUGAGGGUUACUAUGAAAAAUCCCAGCAGUUGUUAAGGAAAGGAGGCAUCAUUGCAAUUGACAAUGUGCUAUGGUAUGGAAAGGUUCUCAGUCCGACCCCUGAUGACGAGGACACUGUGGCCAUCGACAAACUGAACAAGAAGUUGGUCAGCGAUAAACGCAUCCUGCUCAGCAUGCUCACAGUGGGAGACGGGCUCACAAUUGCUAUCAAAUUAUAGAGCAAGCACUCGUAAAAAGUGUUUAACUCAGUCACAUGGUCUUUAAUUCCACAGAUAAUCCUGCUAUUGUCCUUUCUAUGCUGAUACACUAGUGAUAUAACAUGUCAAAGUAGAGCUUGUAAUGUAUACGAAUACCCUGAAAGUUUGCGACCAUUUCAAAAAUGGCAUAAAAUGAAGACAACAAUUUUCUCCAAAUGACUUUACAACUACUUCCAAGAAGGCAUGUGAGCUUCAUUUACAUGACAACACUGCCCCCCUCUGUGUGAACACAUGUAUUACACAA